AAGCUAAUCCUAGCAAAAUUUCCCUUUAAGGAUGUCCUGCAGAGAAUUUGUUACUCAUAGUUUGAAGUAAAAAUUGACAAGAAGUGCUUUUUCAGCUCUGGAGGAGUCAUGUGCAUGUCAUAAGACUUGAAGGAAAUGCAGGGACCCUCCUAUUUUCUCCUGCAAAGUUGAAAAAUCUGCAUGCCAUUGGAAGGGAUCUUCAGAUGGUGCUGGUGACUUUCUGUUCCUUUUGGAGUUGACAUGCAUAUGGAUUGGUGGAAAAAUAAUCAGCAUACAUUCUCCUUUCAUACUGUUUAAAUCACAGGAAGAAGUGCCUUGAAGACAAAGAUCAAACCAAAAUGACAACUGCUCAAUUUUACUGUCAAUAUUGCACAGCAUCACUUCUUGGGAAGAAAUAUGUGCUAAAAGAUGACAGUCCAUACUGUGUUUUAUGUUAUGAUCGUAUAUUUUCUAACUACUGUGAGGCAUGCAAAAAACCAAUUGAAUCCGAUUCUAAGGAUCUUUGUUACAAAGACCGGCACUGGCAUGAAGGAUGCUUCAAGUGCACCAAAUGCAAUCACUCUUUGGUGGAAAAGCCUUUUGCUGCCAAGGAUGAGCGCCUGCUGUGCACGGAGUGCUAUUCUAAUGAGUGCUCCUCCAAGUGCUUCCACUGCAAGAGGACCAUCAUGCCUGGUUCCCGCAAAAUGGAAUUUAAGGGAAACUACUGGCAUGAAACCUGCUUUGUGUGUGACAAUUGCCAACAACCUAUAGGAACAAAGCCUUUGAUCUCCAAAGAGAGUGGCAAUUAUUGUGUGCCGUGUUUUGAGAAGGAGUUUGCUCACUACUGCAACUUUUGUAAGAAGGUGAUAACUUCAGGUGGGAUAACACUUUGUGACCAGCUAUGGCAUAAAGAGUGUUUUCUGUGUAGUGGCUGUAGGAAAGAUCUCUGUGAAGAACAGUUUAUGUCCAGAGACGACUAUCCAUUCUGUGUGGACUGCUACAACCAUCUUUAUGCUAACAAGUGUGUAGCCUGUUCCAAACCCAUUACUGGUCUCACAGGUGCCAAGUUUAUCUGCUUUCAAGACAGCCAGUGGCAUAGUGAAUGUUUUAACUGUGGGAAGUGCUCUGUCUCUUUGGUGGGUAAAGGCUUCCUGACCCAGAACAAGGAAAUCUUCUGCCCAAAAUGUGGCUCUGGGAUGGACACUGACAUCUAGGGGAGUCCUUUCCCACCAAAAAUCCACUUUGUCUUUGUUGUCACUAAAGCCAGAAUUCAGUUGCAGUCUUAUUUUUGACUUAAGUUUUAGAAAAUAUUAAUGUAGUUUAGAGUGGAAGAGUUUUUGCACACAUUUUAAUCGAGCUACAUUCUAAGGGCACAAAAAAACACAGUAGAACAGAAAUGAAUAUAUGCUAAAUCACAAAGACACCUCUCCUUGCAAAAUACUGCACUCUGCUGUUAGAAAUAUAGGAAAAUAUCUCUUUAUAAUCACACAUACAACCUAUACCUAGGAACUGUGGAUAUAAUUACUAAGAAUGAGGUUUUUCAUACCUGAAGAGUAAAAGAAAAACUAAGAGGUCAAGGUGAGAGGUAUACAUGAGACUAGUGUUUGCAUUCCCGGUUAUAUGUAAUGUGAUAAAUUAGCUAUGAAUGGUAAAAGAAAAUUGAUCAGAGCAAAUUGAUUAGCAAAUAUCACAUUUAAGAAUUAUUAUUUAAAAAUCAUUCUUUUAUUGUUCACACAUACUGACUUUAGAAUUAAAAAACAAAAGCUACAAUUUGCCCUCAUACACACUGCUUCCACAGCUUGCUAGUUCCGUGUCAAUGCAAUAUGAGAAUUGAGGACAUUAUGGCUCUCCUACUCUGCAUAGGUAUAAAGGGGACCAUUUCUACCUAGGGAUAGCCAAAGCUUGGGUUUCAACACAUUUUGUAUUAAAUGUGUUUUCAAAGUCCACAAUGAUUUUUCUAAACGCUUACAGAUUCCAUGAAAUAAAAGUCUAUUCUUUCAAGUGGAGCUAACCAGGAUAAUCUUUGUCCCCAAAGGCAAACCUUUAAAAUAAAUAGAUCAUUAAAUCAUCACUUGUGGAAAUGAGUUUUAGGGAAGGGAUUGAGUGUUGGAACAUGACUUUCAUCCAGAUAUCUAAAGACAUAAUAGAAUGCAUAAUUAGCUCUGUGCCUCAUGCAUUUUGCCUUCUAAAAUUACAUAGAUGAUUAAUGGGCAGACAUAAAAGUGGGCUUUAAGGAAAUCUAACAAUAAUAAAAACUGAAAAAGAAUAAUUCACUGCUGAUAAUUCAGAACCUGCAAAGCAGCACAAUAGAGUAAUGUGGGCUGUAGAGGAGCCCUCCCCACUCUUCCCCCACACCUGUGCCAUCUACCUUACCCCAAGCCAAUCGUGCCCCUAGCUUCAAUCUGCUUCAUAACCAGUAGGUGCACUCCUAACCCUAAACAACCAUCCUACAAGUCAGUCAGUGUUUAUUGAUCACACAGAAAGCAAACAGCCUUAGUGAGAAGUCCAUCACAAUGUUUAUCUUUAUACCAGACUUUAACUGAUCAUGACUGUACCUUGCAGCCCCUGGAUAUUUUCCACAUUACUUGGGACAAAUGGAAAGCAACCUCUGCUCUCCAUGGUCAGUUAUCAAACUUAGUUAUAGCAUCUCUUGUGUGGAGUAGAAGGAGGUCAGGAGAAGAAGCCUACAUAGAUAUAUAAGUGUGUUCACUCAGAUUACUGCAUAGCAUUAAAGGUUUUGAUUGAAAUCUAAUUAUAAGAUACUGCUGAUUACAAUUACUAAAAUAGCAUCACAGGAGAUUCAAUAAAAAUUGUUAUGGAAACAAUUUUUGAAAUAGUUUAAAAUGCAAGAACAUUCAGGGAUGUUAACAAUUUAGAGAUACUAAUAAAUGUUCUGCUAGGUAGACUAUUUGAAAACUAUAAAUAUAUUUUUAGAUUAACAAUGCCAAGGUAUUUUUUCAUAUUCACAUUGUAAAAUACAGGGAAAACUAUCAAUAUUUUUUCUGCAUUAUAUGAAAUUUCACAGGUAGAACUAAAUCUACAAUAUAAAAAAUAGUAUAUUGCACGUAGAGAAAACCAAGCCACUCAAGUCUAGAUGGAUAUAUAACAUGUAACACCUUCUCUGUUAACCAGUUAUAGAUAAAUAUAUAACAUGUAAUGCUUUGUUAAACAAUUGGAAAUGUUUAGGCAUUUUAUUGUGUGUGGGGGUGAGUACGCACAUGAUCAGACUUGUAUUCUAGGUUUUCAAUUAAAACUCACAGAAUCAUUUCCUUGAUAAAAAUUUUAUUAUCCUUUCAUAAGCAUAAAUAUAUAUACUUUUACAAUUUAAUAGUUCUGCAUUUAGGAGGUAUUCUAUAUAUCAAACACAUAUUAAACAUGUACUAUGCCCAAAGUUAGAGCUUACGCUGUUAUGGUUCUGGAGUGGUAGGAACAUGGAUCAGGGUGUGGAAAUGUGGAAGUGCCUGAGGCAGAGAUCCUUGCUUACAGGUUAAACAAAGCACCACUGCAGACAUAGCACACAUAUGCAAAACAACUAAGGAAGUAGACCUCGUUAGGUUUUUGUGUAACACACACACAAAGAUAAAUGUAAACAUUAUAUAGUUGAUUUAUAUGAUUCAUGUAACAAAGAGAAAAACUCUCUUAGGGACUUAUCUGAAGAUGAAAUGGACUGCCUCAGGAAACAGUGGGCUCCCAGUAAUUCAAAGGUGACAUCUGCAUAGGCAGGAAAGCAGUUCCUGCCAAUAACAACCAGAUGACUUGGAAGUAGCAGAGACUGUGCCGAAGAGCAAGAGGAAAUAAGAUUGCUAAAAGAGAAAGAGUCAGAGGAAGGGAGAAUAUUAACUCUUAGGAUAAAAAGUGUAUGUAACAGGCCAUAGAAAGUUACCAACUGUUCUUAAGUAGAAGAAAAUAAUUAUUGCAGUGUUUGAGGAAAAUUAUGCUAUUGAUUCUUUGUGGAAUAGAACCAAAGAAAUCAAGACUCCAAGGAUUAAGUUUCUUCCUGCAGUAAUAAGUUUAGUUAGUGGCUACAAAAGUGAAAAGAAAGAGGAAAAAGGCAUUGAAGGCCAAGAGUUAUAUUUGUAGGCAAAGAUGAGUAUGCAAGUCAACAAGUCAAAAUAUUUUAUUUUGUUAUGUUGGGGAUUAAGGAUGACCAAAAAAAAGCAAAAAUGUAUUUCUGCUUCGAUAAUAAUGAUUAAGAUGCUCAAGGGUUCAAUUUUAACUUAACAACAUUAUAAAAGUGUGAAAUUGGGACAAACUAGCUCCAUUGGUUAAGUAAAAUGUGGUUGUGUUACAAUCCAGGAUUCAAAGCUUACAUUGUUGCUGUAACUUUAAAAAAAGGAACAUUAGAUUGUUCACUGGAGUAAAAUAUUGGCCUACCGUUAUGAAAAAUGCAUAAUACUAAUCACAAAUGGUUUUAAAAAACACUGUAAAUUUUAAUACCACAAAUGAAAAGUCAAUCCGAAAACACAUUUCAUGUUAGUAAUAUCAUUUUGAAUUUAAAAAAAAUAAUUUUUAAUAUACUUGGCAUCUUGUUAAUAGUUCAUUUUUUAUGGUUGUUACAGUAUGUUUUUUAUAUAUUUAAUCGAGCACAUAGUCUGUAAGGUAUCUGUAAGUUUUUAUGAGGAUAAUGAUACUGUUUUUGCUUAUUUUAUAAAUUGGUUUUUAGAAGUCUCUUAUACUGAAUAAAUUUGCAUUUUACAUAGUCUAUAUUACUCAUAUUAUUUUUAAAGAUUCACUUUUUACAUUAACUGUGUAGUAAACAGAAUAGGUGUGGAAUAAUUUCUGUAGUGUUUCUACUUCUAUUACAUAAGGAAACAUGAUAACUUUUACUUUCUAUUACCCAUCUAUUUUUACAACAUUAAAAUUAACUAUAUAUUCAAAUAUCAUUUCAGGGCAUUAAUAGGAAAAAAACAGAAUUGUCUUACCCAAACAGAAUCUGUCUUCUGUUAAACUAGGAGAUCCAUGGCUAUGUUCCUUCUUACAGUAAUAAAAUGGUAAAAUAUUCUAAACUAAAAAAAUUACUUCCUAUUAUUUCUGUGAUUCUGAAAAUAUUUUAUGAAAAAAUCCCACUUUAAUUGGAUUUUUUUUUUUGCUUUAAUGCAGAUAGUCUUUUGCUAAUUUCUUAUUUCUAUAUGCAAGGAAUCGCUAAAACUCUUGGUGGCUUUAAACCCUUCUCUAUUUUAUCUAAAGCAAAAUUUAUGUCUGUGACACACAUCUUCAUGAAACUUUAAUCCACACUAUUAGUAUCAGUUACUUCCCAGAAUUAAUCUUGGAUGCUGAAUUAUUUUAAUGUCUAGACAUGUUUCUCAAAGAAUAUUUGGAAGAAUACCCUCAUCAAAUAUUUCUAGUUCACUUUUUUAAUCACAUUUUUUUGAAAACUAACGAUAUUCUUUUGAGGACCCAAAACAUAAACUUUAUGUCUUGGAAUAGAGUUUCUUCAGUAAAAGAGACAGAAUACCAUUAGAAAUUAUAGUUGUUAGGUAUUACCUUUAUCCUAAACCUCUUCGUCUAGGAUUAUUAAAUCUUUAGAUCUUCAUUAUCCUACCAGAAACAUUGCAGGACUGACCGAGAUGGGAUCACCAUUAAAAAAUGUAUGGGAACUUUGAGGUUCUCUUUUCAGGGAGAGGUAAAGGAGAUCUAUGAAGACGGGAAAAUACAUCACCAGAAUAUAUUUGGCCUUGCAACUCUCAGCAUUUACUGAAAUGAUAUCUAAAUAUAUAGUUAGUUUGAAUGGUGUAAAAAUAGAUGGAUAAUAGAAGGUAAAAGUCAUCAUAUUCUUUUUAUGUCAACAUUAAAAAAGGAUAUCAAGGAGAGAGGAUAUCAAGUCUUCAUUUGAACCAUCCACCUCAAAAGAAUUUAGAAAUGAGUCCAUCCAUUCAAGUCACCAUGUGGCUUCUUAAAUGGUGCCCAAAACAUAUCAGAGAGAAUUAGAGAAGUUUUGUCUGAUAAUUAUAACCGUUCUGAAUUUUUCUGGCUGAUAAACUUUAGACCAGAUACUCUGUUCAAUAUGGAGAAAAUCAAAAAGGAGGAAAAUCAAAAAAGAGGCAAAAGGAACAA